AUGGGUAUAUUCAACGACGACGAAUUUGAUAAGUACAUGGACAAGGCGGGAAAGCCGCAUGAUGGCGUCGUGGUUGCAAGGGCGUUCCUCGUAGAAUCUACAAUCUCUCUGGCCACGCCAUGGCAACAUACUGCUUCUGCCCUGUCUAUUUCCAACAGCCUCUCCAAUGUGAAACCCACACGAAAACCUGGUCUUAACGCAGUUCAAAGAGCUGUUCGCCUUGCCUUUUGCCUUGAUCAUAUCAAUUGGACCCUAGAGGACUGGAAACGCGUUAUUUGGAGUGAUGAGACCUCUGUUAUACUUGGUCAACGCAGAGGUGCUGUACGUCUAUGGCGAGAAAGUGGAGAAGCCUAUGAAAAUACCUGUAUUCGGCGACGAUGGAAAGGUUAUUCAGAAUUCAUGUUUUGGGGUUGUUUUAGUUGGGAUAAGAAGGGACCUUGUCAUAUAUGGACUAAGGAGACUGCUCAAGAGCGAAAGAAAGCAGACGAAGAGCUUGUUGAGCUUAACCAAGCUCUUGAGCCUAUGCUUAAGAUGGAAUGGGAGCUAUCAACAAAAAUGAGGCGAAUGAAUCUCCGAAGAAGACCUGCUGGAAAAAAACCACAAUGGAAGUUUACAAAAAAGAAUGGCAAGCUUGUUCGAGAAGGCAAAGCUGGAUGUCACGGAGUUGACAUGGAGGCCUCCUGGGGCCUAGAUGGAGUUGUGGUCCAACUCUCUCUAGGGCAUCUGGAUAAGGAUUAA